AUGCGCAUCCUAAGUUGGAAGCACAAGUGUUUGUCUUAUGUCGGAAGACUUCAACUUAUUGGUUCUGUUUUAUCAGCUUUGCAUGUUUAUUGGGCUUCGGUUUUUAAGCUUCCUGUUGCCACUAUUUCUGAGAUUGAGAAGAUUUCUAGGGGUUAUUUGUGGAGUGGUGGUGAUCUUGUGAAGGGUAAAGCCAAAGUUGAGUGGAAAAUGGUGUGUAGUCCAAAAGAGAAUGGGGGUUUAGGAUUGAAAGACCUUAGAAGAUGGAAUGAUGUGCUGUUAUCCAAACAUGUGUGGAAUAUUGUUAAUAAUAAGAAGUCUUUGUGGGUGAAGUGGGUCUAUAAGUUUUACUUGAAAGAAAGGAAUUUUUGGGAUAUUCAAGUUAAAAAGAAUUUCUGUUGGACUUGGAAAAGGAUUUUAAUUGCGAGGAACAUUGUUCGUCCUCAUAUUGUUUCUUGUAUUGGAUCCGGUGAGAACACUUCCUUAUGGCAUGACUGGUGGCACCCGAUUGGGAUUUUGAGUAUGUUAAUCUCGAGGAGUGAGUGGAUUAGGGCGGGUUUCAAUGAUAUGUCAAAAGUGAAGGAUAUUUUUGUGAAUGGCCAAUUGUGUUGGCCAACUGAUUGGCUGGAAAAUUACCCUGGUUUGAUGGAUUGGCCUUUGUUUGUUAAUAAUGAAGGAACUGAUGAUAAGAUAAUUUGGAGAGAUAAUAAUGGAAAGUGUAAAAGAUUUUCUUGCAAGCAGGUGUGGUCGGAUGUCAAUUUUUCUGGGCCAAAGGUUCCUUGGUUUCACACAAUUUGGUUUAGUAAUAACAUUCCAAGGAAUGCGUUUAUCCUUUGGAUGGCAAUUUUAGGUAAAUUAAAGACUCAGGACAGGCUGCUAAGCUGGGAAAUUAAAGGUAAUAUGUUUUUCCCUUUAUGUUUGAAGAUUAAUGAUUCCCAUGAUCAUUUAUUUUUUAACUGUGAUUUCUCUAAGCUAAUUUGGGAGUAUUUCUCUAAUAAGGCUGACAUCAGGGUGAGUUAUGGUAAUUGGAAGGAGUUUAUUUAUAAGUUUUGUGAGCAGGUGAAGGGCAAAUCUAUUGGGGUUUUUAUAAAGAAACUGGUUUUGGCAGGUUGUGUGUCGCAUAUUUGGCAUGAAAGAAAUAUGAGAUUCUUUAGAAAUAAUUUUAGAUCCCCAUUCUCUGUUACUUGUUGUAUUGAGAAAGAAGUUCAAUUGAGGUUAUUGGGGUUAAAGUAUGAAUCAAAAGUUAUUAAGGAGAAAGUGUGGAGAUGUUGGGGUAUAGAUAGAAAUAAUGAUGUUGAUAAUGGGAAUAAGGAUAAUGAAGUCUAG